CUUCUCUUUUUUUUCUUCUCCAGAGUUGUCUUACAUCAGCUCAGUGUGCCUGGAUAUGAGGUCUGAGAGAAUAUAGAGAGAAAGGAACUGCUUGGAUUUUAUCUUUGUCCUCUUUUACGCUGGUUGGGAUUAAGAUCUCUCUGGACAAAUGGUUUGAGAAGAGUGGAGUACAAACACAAUGAAGGCCUGGUCUUUAAAGGAGAUGAACCACCUUUGGAAGAUGCCCUUUCCAUUACCACUUCUGCUUUACCUGUUAGGGACUGCAAAAUCCCAAGUGAAUCCAAGUGUUUGUCGAUCCCCUCUUGGCAUGUCCGGAGGGCAGAUUUUAGAUGAAGACAUUUCAGCUUCAAGUCAGUGGUCUGAUUCAACAGCAGCAAAAUAUGGCAGGCUGGACUGUGAAGAGGGGGAUGGUGCGUGGUGUCCGGAGAUCCCUGGAGAACCAGAGAAUAUGAAGGAGUUUCUGCAGAUAGAUCUUCGCUCCCUGCACUUCAUCACUCUGGUGGGCACUCAGGGACGCCACGCGGGAGGCAUCGGGAAUGAGUUUGCCCAGACCUAUAAAAUCAAAUACAGCCGGGAUGGAAGCCGCUGGAUCUCCUGGCGCAACCGUCAUGGAAAGCAGGUAAUCGAGGGGAACAGAAAUGCCUAUGACGUUGUUCUGCAAGACCUGCAGCCGCCAAUCAUUGCACGCUUUGUGCGCUUCAUGCCUGUAAUCGACCACUCCAUGAAUGUGUGUAUGCGCGUGGAGCUUUACGGAUGUGAAUGGCUAGAUGGAUUGGUGUCAUACAAUGCUCCACUGGGCCAGAAAAUGAUCCUCCACAGUCAGCCCAUUUACCUCAAUGACUCUGUAUAUGAUGGUGCCAUGAGUUACAGUAUGACAGAAGGGUUGGGGCAGUUGACGGAUGGUAUGUGUGGUCUGGACGAUUUCACUUUCAGUCAUGUCUACAACGUGUGGCCUGGCUAUGACUAUGUGGGCUGGACUAACGAGAGCUUCCCCAAUGGAUAUGUAGAGAUCAUGUUUGAGUUCGACCGAACCCGCAAUUUCACCACCAUGAAGGUCCACUGCAAUAACAUGUUCUCUCAGAGAGUGAAGACCUUCCAGAAAGUGGUGUGUUAUUUUCGUUCAGAGUCAGACUGGGAACCCACCCCUGUGUCAUUCAGCCCUGUGGUGGACGAUGUGAACCCCAGUGCUCGCUUUGUCACCGUCUCCCUCAACAACCACAUGGCUAGUGCCAUCAAGUGCCAGUAUUACUUUUCUGACAUGUGGAUGAUGUUCAGUGAAAUCACUUUCCAGUCAGAUACGGCCAUGUACAACACAACCCUCAUCCCCCCGAAGUCGGGCCCUCCAACCAGCACUCAGCCAGGGGAUAAUCCCAUUCACAAAGUAGAUGACAGCAACACUCGUAUUCUGAUUGGCUGUUUGGUAGCCAUCAUCUUCAUCUUGGUGGCCAUCAUUGUCAUCAUACUCUGGAGACAAGUCUGGCAGAAGAUGUUGGAGAAGGUAUCUCGGAGGAUGCUGGACGAUGAACUAACUGCUAGUCUGUCAAUACAGAGCGAGACCUUCACCUAUAACAACAACAACAACCCCUCUUCAGCACCCAGUGAGCAGGAGUCCAACUCCACCUACGAACGCAUCUUUCCCCUUGGCCCAGACUACCAGGAGCCCUCCCGCCUGGUCCGCAAACUGCCUGAGUUCUCACAGACAUCAGAAGACACUGCAUCGACCUGCACAGCCUCCAAGUCUCCUCAGAGCAGUGCUCAAGAGGGUGUCCCCCAUUAUGCUGAAGCAGACAUUGUCAACUUGCAAGGCGUAACCGGGGGCAACACCUAUGCUGUGCCGGCCCUCACCAUGGAUCUGCUGUCAGGAAAGGACAUAGCCGUGGAGGAGUUUCCAAGGAAACUGCUGACCUUUAAAGAGAAGUUGGGGGAGGGGCAGUUUGGAGAGGUUCAUCUGUGCGAGGCAGAAGAUAUGGAGGACUACAUGGAUGAAGAUUUUUCCUUUGAUGUCAGUGACAACCAGACAGUACUUGUGGCUGUGAAAAUGUUAAGAGCUGAUGCAAAUAAAAAUGCCAGGAAUGAUUUUCUGAAAGAGAUAAAAAUCAUGUCGCGAUUAAAAGAUCCCAACAUUAUUCGGCUGCUGGCAGUGUGCAUGAGCUCAGACCCUCUCUGUAUGAUCACUGAGUACAUGGAGAAUGGGGACCUCAACCAGUUCCUGUCCCGCCAUGAACCGGAGGGCAUGAUCGCCCUGCUCAGCAACGCACCAACAGUCAGCUACAAUAACCUCCAUCACAUGGCCACCCAAAUCGCUUCAGGCAUGAAGUACCUCUCCUCACUCAACUUUGUGCAUCGAGACCUUGCCACUCGCAACUGCCUGGUUGGCAAAAACUACACUAUCAAGAUUGCAGACUUUGGCAUGAGCAGGAACCUGUACAGUGGAGAUUAUUACCGCAUUCAGGGCAGAGCCGUGCUGCCCAUUCGCUGGAUGUCCUGGGAAAGCAUCCUGCUGGGUAAAUUUACCACAGCCAGUGAUGUGUGGGCAUUUGGCGUGACUCUCUGGGAGACACUGACGUUCUGCAAGGAGCAGCCCUACUCUCAGCUCUCGGAUGAGCAGGUCAUCGAAAACACAGGGGAGUUCUUCCGGGACCAGAGGCGACAGAUCUACCUGCCGCAGCCACCAUUGUGUCCUGACCCCGCCUACAAGCUCAUGUUGAGUUGCUGGAACAGGAAUGCCAAAGAAAGACCGUCUUUCCAAGAGAUCCAUCAAGUACUGCUGGAGUGCAAACCUUAGUACAGGCUCCUUUGCCAACCGCAGCAUUGUCAGAGACGCUUUAGUGUGCCCGCAGGACUCCAGACACCUACACAACCGCACAUACACUAACACACACCUGCUUCUGCACAGUCCCAUGGAAAGCUAUCCAGAUUUGCUCCACAGCUCUCUUUCAGUUGCAUUGUUCACGACUGAAAAAAUAAAAGCUAUAGAUGGUACACAUAUGGUCAUCAUAUUGAAUGCACCUAUAACUAAAAGCCUUUGGUUGGCACAAGGUAGAGGACUAGGAGGGUAUGGAAAAUGUAGCAGUGAGUUCAGGCACUUUUGAAAAGAAACUUUGUAACUUUGUAUUUUUAAAUAUUUUAUGCAUAAGACAUCUCUCAGAAAAUGAUUCCUAUAUAAAGACAAUGAAACUUAGUGAAGCUUGAUACGAUUGCAAUUGUUAUGUAUUGUUGUUUGCGUUUAAUUAGAAGACAGCUUGAAUGUAAAUAAGAGUUUCAGUUUUUUUUUAUAAUCCAGAUUUUCAUGUAUCUCAACAAACUUUAAGAUUUCAUCUCAGUUAGUUUUAAUUGUUGUUGUUAGUUUAUUAUUAUUUUUUUUUAGCAAACUGAAAAAAACUACUUUCAAAUAAGUGGAUGAAACCAAAGCAUGCAUAAACCUAAACCUUUCAUUAUUGGAAAUAAAAAAAUUAUAAUAAUAAAAAGACACUUUCCAAAAGAAAAUUCUGCAUAAUAUAAUCUUUGAGAAAUAUUCGCAAAAUAUUCUAAAUGUGAAAUUGUGCAUUAUAAAAAGAGAACCUUGCUGAUUAAGAGUCACAAUUCUUACAAAUGCCUCUACAAUUACCAAUUAACCAAUUUAUGUACUACUAUCCAAUGUAUAUUACUCUAAGAUUUAAUGUAAAAGGAUUUCAUACCAACAACAUUUGGCAUUUGGUUUCUUUUGGGCCCAUUCAUAAGUUCAUUUAAUACAUUCAUUUUAGUGGUAAUAAAUUUAGAAUUAUUAUACUAUUUACAUCUGUUUUCACCAUCAUUGUGUAAAAGACAGACUAUGUUUUUUCAGUGAGCAGAAUGAUUCCAUUGAAUUCAUUAUUGAGUUAGGCAAAAAUUUUGGAAAAUAGCUGGAGUUGUCCUUUAACUUCUGACAAUAUGUGACAUUGCAGGAUAUACAGAAUUUAAUAGAGAAACAUUUUGUUAAUGUAUGUUUUGUGAUUUCUGUUUUAGUUUGUAGUUCUACUUCACAUGAGGAUAUUUAAUGGUCUCUUUCGCAACAUUGCUAUUUUACCAUUUUCCAUAGCUAUACUAUAUCUUAGCACAAAAUAUGAACAUACACGUAUAGGUAUGCAUAUUUGUGUAUUACCAAUAAAUUCUUGUCAUUCCUACUACUUUUACAAGUGCAAGCUUGAACUUGUAAAAUCAGUACACUAAGUUAGGAUAAGGAUUAAUCUAUUUUUUAGUUUAUUCACUUUCUCUCCUGUUCUGUUAAUGUCUUUUGUUUGUGUAUGAUGUUUGUUAAAAUUAAAAAGUAUGCACUAUGCAUAUUAAAUCAUUUUAAAACUAUUGUUACAGAGAAUAAAUGAAAAAGGUCAAGAUCAGCUGUUUACAUUGAUGCAUGUUUGUAAAUGUUGCAGAAAGUCCUUUUGUAAGGUUUACUCUCAGAGCAGAUCUAAUUGGAUUCGAACCACUUAGGUAUGUGCCCACCAGCUUGUUAAUGCUCCUGCAGUAUUGAGGCCCCAAAAAACACACAGACUACACAGACCACACAGUACUAUAAGCUGGAAGACAGAUUAUUGUUCACACAAAGAGGGUAUUUAUAUGUUUUAAGGUGAUUCAUGUGGGACACAGUUAUCGGACAUAGUAUGUGCAACAGUAUGUGCAACAUAAGACAGAGUCUAAGUGGUGACAGUUAUCUUAACAGUGCUCCAGCUGACAGAUUAUUGGGGUCACAUCAUCGGCUGCUAUUGCUGGGCUGGACUAGGGAGACUCACCGUAGGUUGUGGUAUGGUAUGCUAUAAAUGUUGUACAUACAAAUCUCAGUGUGUUAAAUGUAUGCCAGCUUAAACAAGCAUGUUGUUGAUCCUCUAGAUCAAAGGUCAUCUAGAACUGGAGUCCAGAGCAGUUCGGCAUAUUCACUGCUCUGAACACAACAACCACACCUUGUGAGAUAAAUCAGGUGUAUAAAAGCAGAGAAAUUACACUGGUUUGAGUUUGAGACCCCUGAUUUUGACUGGUUGUGAUUUAUGGUCACUGACCGUAAUCAGUGUCAGUGCUGGUAUUGUUGGAUUUAGUGUUUUGGUGGUCACAGCCUAACUUUUGAGCAGCAUAGGGUAUGUUUUUAAGUUUCAUGAUCUACAAGCAUAAUCAACUUAAAAAAGCUAGAGAACCGGUAUGACAUGCACAUCAAUGGUGGUCAAUUAGCAUGAUCAUGCUGGGCAAUCAGAAAGACCAAAUUGGUUGAUCAGCAAGACCAAAAGUAUCUGAAAACCUGGUUAUAGCCAGCUUACCAGCAUGGGGUAUGUUUUUCUAACACCUAUCUGAAAUUAGCUACCAGCAAAAGCUAACCUUGAGCUAGAUUUUCCUCAUUUUUUAUGGUUAACUUUUAAACUCUUCUCUAAACUAUCAGUUUGAACUUUGCCCCAUAUAGCAUUACAGACAGUCUCUGGAAGUUCAGAGUGUGUAAGUAGUUGAACUAUUUCAGUGAAAGAAUUAGCAUGCAAUUUGAAUAUCAGUCUACCUGAUAACUAAAUUGUUGCUUUACCACCUUUUCUAAAGCCUCUUGCUUUAUUGCUGACGAAUUAGAUCAAAGUGAUCAUUUGUGUAUGUGUUGAGAUUAAGGGUGAGUUAAGGGUUAUUGGGACAUAAGGUCAUAUAGGACAGUUUUGAUAUAGCCUUCAAGAUUUUCAUAUUUGCUGAGCCCUAACUGUGGAACCACAAAAUUAUGUUUGGCAUGAUGUUUCCCUCAGGCAACAAACCAUAUUUUCGUUAUUACACCAUUCCAUAACAUACCUUUUUUAUUAAUUAAUUUAUUUUAUUUCUUAAAAUAAUGUUACAAGGCAUAUCUACACCCAAUACAAUGAGGCAUACAAGUGAGUCACAAAUAAAAAUAUGUACAUGUGCAAGAAAAAGUAUAUUUGGCUGUUUUAUUCUUACUAUAUUCUUACAUUAUUGUUGUAAGCUUAGUAAAACUUUUGUCACCUUUGGGCAACAUUAUGUAGAUCUUUUUUGUCAGGCCCCUCAUGAUAAAGCUGUGAUGAGUUAAAAUGAAAUGUAAAAAAGUGUCUGAAAAAAGAAAUAAUCUCCCAAAUUGUGGUAUGAUUUAUUUUCAUCCCAAAAAUAUCAUUUAUAGCCACAGAGGUUUAAUCAGUUGUUUGGCUAUUUUUUGGCCUUACCCACAAAUUAACUUUCCCAACUACCCUUAAUUCACCUUACUUAUUACUUAUUCAAAUUCUUCUUUUCUUUCAUUUUUUUUUCUUCAGACAUUGUUCAUGGUAGGGGGGUGUAGAUAUUGUAGCAAACCCGGGUGUUUUUUCCCGCCAUUUUUAUCUUAUUUAAACGCAUGGAUUUCACACAGACAAACUAACAGCUUCCUCUACAGCCUUUGUUUUAUUAUGUAAUGUGCAGGUAAUGCUGUAUAUUAACGAUUAUGUAUAGUAAUUCUAGUCUCUGUACUCUCAGUUCAUUCCUUCAGCUGUUGUUAAACGCAUUUGUUUCGGGCAUAUUGAAGCGAAUUAAUGUAAACUGAAAUAAAGUGAAGUGAAUUUGG